CUUCUCAUGUCAAGCACCCUUGCCUGCUUUGGCUGGCGAGCCAAGACGGCCAGAUGAGGGCGGCCAAGCGUCGGGAAGACAAUCAUGUUUGAUGUAAUGGCAGCCCAGCAUGCCCGGUGAUCCCCCACCUCACCGAUCGCGCCGCCAUGGCUCAAUCCCACACUCCCCACGGCCCGCCAAGCCCACUUUGCCCCGUGCAAAGCUGGAGCUCCCCACGCCGCCACACGCUCGCUUCGGUCCUGCUCGCUUUUUUCCAGGUGGGCUUCGCCACCCGCCGUCGGGGGCAGGGCAUGGCUGCCCUUGGGAAUCCAGUUGAUGGAGCACGGAGAAGGCCACCUCCAGGCAGCCAGCGUGCAUGUAUCGACGGAUACCUGCGUCGAGCGACGUGCCUGGGCUGAGGAAGGCAUUUGCCGGCGCUUCUGCCAUGCACAUCAGAAGCAGUCGGAAGCCCAUCACAGGUACUUGCUCGCUCACACCCCCUAGCACCCUCUCCGCCUCUCCAUGCCCUAUCGCCUCGCCGUCAGCCGUCGAGCCUACGUCUUGUCUACCCACGCUGCGCACCUUGUCGGCACGGCGUGCAAUAUCGACCUGCCUCCAAGGUCCCGUAGGCGAUGAGGGUAAAGUGCCUCCUCCUUCCUCCUCCAGCCCACACGCCCCUCCCCCCGUCUCAGCCCUGGUCCCGACGAGGUAUCCCUCAUUACCAAGGGACAAGCCCCGCUACCUUACGGCCCUGCCGUCCCCGGGUAUUACGCUAUGAGAUGGUAACCCUAGCUAGGCCCCUACACACUAGCGUCGAUUCCCACACCCCCUUCCCUGCUUGCCAGGAGGUCAGUCCCUCUGACGAGCGUUAUCUCGCAGCUUGUCGCGACCGCACCCGGCCCUUUUCUUCCAACCCCACUCGCCUUCGACUGCUGCUCCCUUGCUAUCCACUGGCUCAUCGCUAACCAGAGAGACAGUUGGCCUGCUUCUCUCUCGUCCCCUUUUCCUACCCACCUCUUUCGUCUCGGUCUUGCGCCUAUUGAGCCUUGACAUUUUACUUCUCGGCCUUGGUGGUGUCUCCCUGCCUUAUCCUGCCUAGGUACACCCCUUCCUCACUGACACAUACCAAAUCUAUCGCGGCCUCGUUGCGAUUGGGUCGCGGAAAGCAUCCAUCUUCCAGCCGACCCCCUUGACCGCCGCCCUAUCUCUUGCCUUUCCUACCCCGGGCUCCAUCUUGGACAGACCCCUCCGGUGUCCUUUCCUGAAGACUUGACGGUACUCCUGUCGAGUUGCCCGAGACCAGUCUCGCCGCAACCCUUAUCAGUGUCAUCCGCACGGACCAGAUCGCCUGUCCUGUCCCUGUGGCGCCCUAUCGUGAUCGAGGGCAAACCGCGCCAGGGCAGGCCUGGGCUCAGGUUUCCCAUCGGUGCCGGAUCCGUUCCCGGCCUUGAACCAUAGGCCCAGCCAGAAACGCCAACGCCCAACCACGACGGCAGGCUUCCCGCCGCAUAAUAGUGCCGACGCAGCCGCCCCGUUAUCUUUGGCUCGCGCCGUGCCUGGAUUCAAAGAAGGCCGUUGUCCUCUGUUGCGCACCUUGCCGCUCCGCCCAGAGCACAUGGGCGGCGCCCUCCAACCGAGUCACCGCUGGUCCCACUAACACGAUAUCUCGCCAUCCCGUCGCCAAGGGGUAGAGCCGCCCCCCAGUCCGCCUCUAGACUCACAAAAGCCCCCCCAUUCCCACUCUCCCGCAUUCUGGCGGCAACCCCAUCCUACCCACCUUGGGCAUUCACGCCCUUUCCCCUUCUUUUAUUUUCCUCCCUCGCUCCCUUCCUCAAUAUCCCUUUGAGGUCGACGCAGCCUCAUCCCUGUCCCAGUCUCGGUUCCAUGGACGACCCCAAGAAGAAGAAGAGGACCCACGCCGCUUUCCCGAAUGCAGUGAUGCGUAUCCGAUAGCAUCACUUGCUUCCGCCGCCUUUUCCCCCGCCCAACCAUUGUUAGAAGCGGAAACUCCCGUCAGACCAAGGAUCCCCGUGCUUGCUCCGGUUCUAUCGCCUCUUGCCUUCAGGGAGCUUCCCCUUGCGCACAGGGGCGGGCGACCGCUGGGUGGAUCGGCCUAAGCAGCAUCAGUCAAUAACUACCCGAACAGGCCUGUGCCGAGUAUCCCUCUUCCCAGACUUUUUACAGCCGCAAACUCGUCAUGUCGAGAUCGACCAAGUCAUCGCCGUCGCCGCCACAAGGGCCGGCAUCCCAACCAGGGGAGCCCAGACUCCCUCAGGGCUCCUGUCACUAUCUCCUCCCACAGCAGGAGCUCAAAGGCCAGCGCUGCGGUUGUGUGCACUUCACCCUCAACAAAAACAUACCCAGCGCCGUCUGCGUCUGUGGACAUCAGUCAUGCUUUCAUACCAACGAACCGUACAUGCCCGAGCGUGAUUAUCUGGUCGGCAAGCUCAGGGCCCUGCAGAUCAAUUUCGCCACUUUGGAGGAGAGUUUUGUCUCGAGGCUCAGUGCUCUGGAGGAGGUGGUUGACAAGAGCAGGGAGGAAGCCAGUCUCGAGAUCAAGGGCGCGUAUCAAAAUCUGAGCCGGGCAUGGCACUCAAUCAACGAAGUCGAGCGACAAACCCACGAGGCUCAGAUUCUCUUCAGCCGUCACGGAGAGAGGAUCGAGCACGUCGAGGACGAGGUGCGGCGCCUCGAUAACCGGCAGCUCGAGCUGAAUGAUGCCGACAUCGGCCUGGAGGAGCGCAUCGAGGCUCUCGAAGAACUGGACGAGCGCGCGACACCCACGACGAGGUAUCGAAGGACUUCAGAGAUGGACGUGCCCAUGUCAAGCCACCCGGUCAUCGAUGCGCCACUGUUUCCUAGAGCCCACACGGCAGCUCCGGCGAUAAGGCCUCGCAGGCCACCGACGUCGGCGCCUGAGGGAAGCAAUCUUUGGACCGUCCACAUCUCGCUUCUCCCAGCCUCCACUCUUCCUUUCCCGUUUGAGCGGAACACGAGUGCCUACAAGCGGUGUCUUUCCCGUGGCCUCCACCAGAUGGUUGUGAUCAAUGGCCGUGAUGCCGAGUCGUUCAACUCGGCCGUGUCCAAGGCCUUCUCCAGUCUCCUCCAGGGCCGUUCGUGGAUGCCCUUGCAGGCGGAACUCUGCAACGCCGAGACGCUCCAGGGGCUCCCUAUGAUCCGGCGGCUCGAUGAGUCGCUGAUCCACGGACGAUACGACUUUGAGUUCCUGCGAAAGCACUGUGCGGUGCUUGACAGCAAUGGUCUGAUCGAUUCCCUCUACAUCGCCAUGCGGUUCGAUACCCUCUCCUGGCACGCUCUCCGCAGGGCGCCCGUUUUCAUGCCGGGGCUUGAAGCAUGCUGGGCGCUGGAUUCCGUGCUGGAUCAAGACGACGACGCUAUUGAUGAUAGUGAUCGGCCCUCCGCUGGCGAGAUCCUGCUCCCUGCUCUGACUAACAACCUGAAGCGCGCUGCAUCAGAGAUGUCACACUCGUCAAGCUUCGGGUCGGCGACUGCGCCGGGAGUGGCGGCGGCAGCUGUCACAAGUGAGGGUGAGGGGUCCCGACCAAAAGUGGCGAGGGUUGUUCCUAACAUUACCGAGGAUCGAAGACGGGUUGAGACUGUGUGAAUCUUGAUCGCCACAUCGAUCAAGUAGGGAAGUAGGGAGCGAGCCUUGAGAAGGCCAUCCGCGGGAUCAUCACCGCCCUUGAUGCCGAUGCCCAACCACCGGGCCUCGUGCAAAUACGACGAAAUGACACAAGGAUCUGGAGUAGAGCGGGGGAAAGAAAGGAUGUCAUCGACUCCUUUUCCGGCUCAUCGUGGGGACGAUACUAGCCGCGACGGGACAGGAAUUAAACGUCUUUAAAGUAGAAUGGAGUGAUUGGAGAACAGGGCGUUUUAACUCUGGAAAUGUUUGGGGCUUGUGCCAUGGGAUUUACUGGCUUGAUUUAUUUGCUGUGAAUAUAUAGAUCGGGGAAGACCGCUUGGUGAAUAUGGUUUUUUUUUUUAUCCAUAUCCUUACAACUCCCAGGUGCUUACUACCCCUCUGACAUGGAGAAUAAGACAUGUGUUUACUGAG